CUUUAUUCGCGUCAUUUAUUUGAUGAAAAUUAUCGUUAUUUAAAAUUCAUUGCAUCUUUUGAAAGAAUAAUGCUUAAAUCAGACUGAUAUACGUAGAGACUUACACGUAAAAAGCACCUGUCGUAUAUUUCAUAUGUGAACAUCGCAAACACUGUGCUUUAAAAUUUUAAAAUUGUACGUGGCAUAAUGUACAUUGGUUAAAAAUGUCCACCUUCUCAUAUUCUUAAAUCGACAUUUUGAUUACCGAUAGUUUGAAUUCUUGGAUGCAACAAAUUAGCGCAACAUUUUCUUAGCUGAAAGCAUUCAGUUUUACCUGAUCUGAACAGAAAUCUUCCCUUUUAACCGACUUCAUUAAAUUUAUUUAUUGAAAAUUUAUUGAUAGAAAACUAUUAAUUGAAAAAUAGUUUAUCAAAAAAUUAUUUGACAGAUUUUUAAUUGAACAUUUCUAUGAUCUGGGUUACUUAUGUUUCAAGGGAGCUGUAGUUCACUAGAAAUUUUAGAUUUGUAAAGUUGAAUUUGAGCACAAAUUUCAUUGCAAAUUUUUUUCUUUGUAAUAACCAAUUUUUGUUUUAAAACUGAUUAUUUGAUUGGUGACCGCGAUGGCUGAUCGAUACGAGAAGAUUGAAAAGAUAGGAGAGGGGAGUUAUGGCCAAGUAUGGAAAGUGAAAUUGAGAGACGACCCAGCCAACUCCAAAAACAAGUUCGUUCUGAAAUUAAUCAGGCUGGAGAAAGCGUCCAAGAAGGAAAGAGAGUAUGCGGAACAAGAGGUUAAACUUCUCAAGACACUCAGUCACCCCAACAUAGUCUCAUUCAAGGAUCACUUCUGGUAUGACUCGAAACAGACGCAGCUGGGGAUAGUGAUGAGUUUGUGUGAGGGGGGAGACCUCUACAAGGUGCUGAAGAGCAAGAAGGGAGGGGGAAAGUUAAGCGAACAUGAAGUGAUGCAGUGGUUCAUUCAGAUUGCACUCGCAGUUCAGUACCUCCACAGCAAAAACAUUCUGCACCGUGACCUCAAAACCCAGAACAUCUUCCUCACCCGAUCCAACCUAGUUAAAGUGGGGGACUUAGGGAUUGCGAGGGAGUUGAAGGAGGACGAGAUGGCCAGCACCCUCAUAGGCACCCCAUACUACAUGAGUCCAGAGAUAUUCCAGAACAUUCCCUACAGCUAUAAGUCCGACAUUUGGUCUCUUGGCUGUAUCCUGUAUGAGAUGACGUCACUCAAACAUGCCUUCACAGCCCACGCAUUUAGCUCACUAGUCCAUAAAAUCAUCAACGGAGAGCCUCCAAAAAUGCCGACUGGCUACAGUAAAGGUGUGUGUGACUUGAUCUCCCGGAUGCUGAACAGAGAAAUAGAAGCCAGACCAAGUGCCAGGGACAUCCUGCAGACACCGUUUGUACAGGAAAAUAUCAAGAAGUUUUUGGAGGAAUCACAAUCCAAACAGAAACGACCCAGCAGUUCCAGUGUCAAGGGCAGGCCUUCUUCUUCAAAACAGAAAGUGGUCAAAAAAUAUUCAUCGGUAGGUCGCAAAAAUAGCGAAAGCAGCGACAACAGCAAAUUGCCAGCCAUCAAUUCAACACCUGAAAAUGUGAAUAACUUUGAUCAAGACAAUAUUCCCACAAUAAAGAAAGUGAACAAUGUGGUUAGUCAGCAGGGAAAAAGCAACAGCGGAAGUAGUUCUAGUCUGAACAAAUCGCCAGUCAAGUCGAAUGUUUUGCCUUCCAAAGCCAAACGUACUGAGUCAGAAAGACGAUCAAACGUGAGUUCCCCCAGAGCCCGAAGAUCAUCUCAUGAAUCAUCAAGUAUCCCAUCUCCGAAAAACAACACCCCCAAAAAGAACUCAUUAGGGGGGUCAUUGCCACCUACACCUACUCUAUUGCAAGAGCAAUUACCACGACCAUCCUCGAGUAAACCUAAAUCAAAUCGACCUGUGUCCGGGCGACCCCAAAGCGUGAGGAAAGUAUCUGAACCCGUCAAAAGUGCAGCCACUCCGUCUCAUAUCAGGAAAAGCAGUGCUUCCUCUGUAGCUUCAGUUUCUUCAGUAGGAUCAGAUUCAGAAGUGCGUCGUUCCAAAGCGCGUGAAGAAAGGUUGAGAAAGAAAGAACAAGAGUACGCCGAGAAAUUAGUGAAAGACAAAAUAAAAGAGAAAGUACCCGAAGAAAUUACGGAGCAGGAAGAAGUGUUGAAGCCUUAUAGUAGCAAUUCAAACGGCAACAAAGAAGUCAGCCGAAAUCAUUCUCCCGAUGACGACGAAACAGACUCGACUUGUCCAAACAGCGAACUAGAUCAGACUAUAGUUCAACGGCCAGUGAUAUCGGACAAUUGUGUACAGAACUCUUCCCCGAGUCAAGUCGAGAGUCCGCCUUCUGGGUCUCCGAGAUGGGCCGAGAAGCUGCCGGUUGAGAGAAAAGAAUCAGUUUCAAGUGAUGUUAGCCACGAAGCAAACGUUGAACUGGAGGAAUUUGUGAAUGUUUUGAGUGAAACUCUCAACCAGCAACAACUUGACAAUGAGUUCCCCGAACUUGUAAACAACCAUGAUCAACAAGUCAACAUAUCAGCAAAUACUCUUGAGCCUGAAAUGAUGCAGACGAUCACUAUGAGUGCGAAGCCGAAAGACAGAGUGGCAGUUAUUGAGAGGGAAUUGGAAAAUGUGUUCGAUGAAGAAAAGAUUAAAGUAUGCAUGCAGAUAUUAUUGAAUUCAAAUCCAACCGACAAUGAGGAAAGCACAGAGGAAACACUGACAGACAUUCUUGGUGGGAAGGAGAUUUUUGAGAAGUACAUCGGACGUUUCUGGCACCUCAUGAUUCUUUCCAAGUCUUCAGUGUCCAAAUAUGGAAUCAAUAAUGCGACACUCAAGAACUAAACGGGACGAAAAUUGAUGUUUAAAAACUCAUUUCAAUGCUAAAACCCUUCCCUUGAUGAAUUGUCGAAGUCAUUUUUAUUCUUUCUUGUUGCGUUUAUUUUUGAAAAAAUAGUGCAGCCAAUUUGGCGCGUAGGACUAUCCAAGUUUUUUCUUCUUCAUACGUUGUCAUAUCUUUGCUUUUUCUGUUAGAUUCGGUUACACAUAUGAAAAAAAAC